CGUCUGUCAAAGAUGUUUUCUUUCUGCUCGCGCCACAUGGCACCGGGUAUCUCCAUGAUUGGUGCCGCUUCAAUUUCAUAGAUGGAUUGGCUUUACUGAGUCGAUCUCUCUAUUUCUCUCCCUUCCUCACCAGGAAACCAAACCCAUAAGUUUUUUUUCUUCCCAAUUUAACAUUUUUUUUCCCUGCAUAAGUACUUUUCUUUUGCGGAAUUGUUUGUGAAUUCUUCAUUCUGUUGUUGAAAACCAGAGCAAGAAAGCUCUUCACUGUGAAACCAAGAAAAAAUAAUGGCAUCCACUUUGUUCUGCGUCUCGAUUAACCCUGCAACUGCACUUUUCGGAAGAACCCAUUACCCGAAAGAAUCCCAGUUAGGAUCCUCCCUUUCUUUACACGCUAAUUUUAACCAUCAAUUUGGAAGCAGAAGAAGUGGUGAUCAAUAUGACAAGAAGCGGAGAAUGAUUAGAGCCGCAGUAACAGAGGCACCUACUAUCAGUGACUCAAAAGGGAAUCAAUCAAAUCAGCCAGAGAAGAGAAAAUUGAGGGUGUUGGUCGCUGGGGGUGGGAUUGGUGGGUUGGUUUUUGCUCUAGCGGCUAAAAAGAAGGGAUUUGAAGUGGUGGUGUUUGAGAAGGAUUUGAGUGCUAUAAGGGGGGAGGGGCAGUACAGGGGCCCAAUUCAGAUACAGAGUAAUGCAUUGGCUGCUUUGGAGGCUAUUGAUACCCAGGUUGCUGAGGAAGUCUAUGAGGUUGGUUGCAUCACUGGGGAUCGGGUUAAUGGCCUGGUUGAUGGAGUUUCUGGUACUUGGUAUGUCAAGUUUGAUACAUUCACUCCUGCUGCGGAAAGAGGGCUUCCAGUCACAAGAGUUAUUAGCCGAAUGUCUCUGCAACAAAUCCUAGCUCGCGCAGUUGGGGAAGAUGUCAUUUUAAAUGGAAGCAAUGUUGUUAAUUUUGAGGAUCAUGGAGAUAAGGUCACAGUGGUUCUUGAGGAUGGGCAACAAUAUGAAGGCGACCUUCUAGUUGGAGCAGAUGGCAUAUGGUCGAAGGUGAGGAAGAAUUUGUUUGGACCACAGGAAGCCAUAUACUCAGACUACACUUGUUAUACCGGUAUCUGUGAUUUUGUGCCUGCUGAUAUUGAGUCUGUGGGCUAUCGAGUAUUCCUGGGACACAAACAAUACUUUGUAUCUUCAGAUGUUGGUGCUGGGAAGAUGCAGUGGUAUGCGUUCCAUAAGGAGGCACCUGGUGGCGUGGAUGAUCCCAAUGGUAAAAAGAAAAGAUUGUUGCAGAUUUUCGAGGGUUGGUGUGAUAAUGUGCUAGAUUUGUUACUUGCUACAGACGAAGAUGCAAUUCUUCGACGCGACAUAUACGACAGGAAUCCGGUGUUAACUUGGGGAAGAGGCCGUGUGACAUUGCUCGGAGAUUCUAUCCAUGCCAUGCAGCCUAAUUUGGGCCAAGGGGGAUGCAUGGCCAUUGAGGAUGGCUAUCAACUUGCUUUGGAGAUUGAUAAAGCAUGGAAUCAGAGUAUUGAGUCUGGAGUUCCUAUUGAUAUUGUUUCUUCUCUGAGAAGAUAUGAGAGUGCUAGAAAACUUCGGGUUGCAAUUAUCCAUGGAAUGGCAAGAAUGGCUGCAAUUAUGGCUUCAACUUACAAGGCUUAUCUGGGCGUUGGACUUGGUCCGUUAUCGUUCUUGACAAAGUUUCGGAUACCACAUCCAGGAAGAGUCGGUGGAAGACUUAUUGUUGAAAGAGUAAUGCCCUUGACACUAAGUUGGGUGUUAGGUGGUAACAGUUCAAAACUUGAAGGGAGGGCCUCAUCUUGCAGACUCUCAGACAGGGCAAAUGACGAGUUAAGCAGAUGGCUUCGAGAUGAUGAGGCGCUGGAACGUGCUGUGAAUGGGGAGUGGUAUCUCUUACCAUGGGGUAAUGAGACUGUUGUUUCAGGACCUAUUUGUUUGAUAAGGGAUGAGAACAAACCUUGUAUUAUUGGAAGCAUACCUCAUGAAAGUUUUCCUGGAAGUUCUUUGGUGCUACCCUCACCCCAGGUGUCCAAAACGCAUGCUCGUAUCAGCUAUAAAGAUGGUGCCUUCUUCUUAAUUGAUUUGCGCAGCGAACACGGUACCUUUAUCACCGAUAAUGAGGGGAGGCGGUAUCGAGUACCUCAAAACUUACCUACUCGAAUCCGUUCAUCAGGCAUGAUUGAGUUCGGUUCUGAUAAGCAGGCAGUGUUUCGAGUUAAGGUGAUGAGAACAUCCCCAGAUUCUUCUCCGAAGAGAAACGAAUAUGAAAUUCUUCAGUCGGUCUGAAUUUGUAGAGAUUAGUUAAGAAGCUGUAUAGAUUUCAUUUGGAAGGGUGACGAGCAACCGUUACCAUGAUUAUAGAAAUACAGGAUCACAGUGGACAGUUUUUUUGUCCUUGCUCGAACUUAUGAAUAUGAUGGCAACUUCCAUUGUUUCAGAAGAAUACCUGUACACAUGAUUGUCCAUGAAAGUAGUCUGAAAUAGUAGUUGAUGGUCCCUUUUUGCUUAUAA